AUGAGAUCCUACAGAGGAGGGAAGCUUGCCCUUGAUGUUCUUCCUAGUUUCUGUUCAAGGAUUAUACCCGAAGCCCAAAUUUCGCAGAGAUUUUGCCAAUUUGAGUACUUCACUUCUGCAUGUAAAGGAGCUAACAGUUAUGGCUUUUCGUCCUAUUCUCUUAUAUCUCAUAGACUAGGAUUCCGACGUGGAGUGAACCAUAGGAACCCACCCAAUCCGUUUAUCCCCGGGACUAGGAGAUUCUACUACGUAGAUCGAUACAAUGUGCAACAUUUCAAACGUCGAGGGCCUUGUCAGUGGUUUCAGGAUCCAAGAAAUGUGUUAAUUGCAGUGAUGGUUGGUUCAGGGCUUUUUAUCACUAUUUUUCCUUUUGUUGAUGCAUCGGAAAGACCUUCUAUCUCUGUACUGGAAACUGUUCCCUAUACCAAGCGAACUCACUACAUUCUUAUGCCCAAAUCUCUGGAGAGGAUGCUUGGGCAGACGAUAUUAGAGAGAAUGAAAGCAACAACAUUUAAAUGGAAACUUUUGCCUGAUACACACCCAGAAAGCAUACGGGCAAGAACCGUCGCGAAGAACAUAAUUGAUGCAUUGCAGAGAGGGGUGAGGAAGGAGCAGGUAUGGAGGGAUGAGAUUGCUGAUGAAAAGUGGAUUGAUGAGAAGAGCAGAAAGAAGGGUGAGAAACAACGAGCUUCACAGGCUGCAGCUAAAUCACAUUUGGAUGGAUUGAACUGGGAGGUGUUAGUGGUGGAUGAACCAAUAUGCAAUGCCUUUUGCUUACCCGGGGGGAAGAUUGUUGUGUAUACUGGCUUGCUUGAGCAUUAUAGAAAUGAUGCAGAACUAGCCGUUGUCCUGGGACAUGAGGUUGGCCAUGCUGCGGGUCGCCACGCUGCUGAAGGUUUAACAAGACUCCUCUGGGAAAUGAUUCUGUAUUGGAUACUCUCUAAGUUCAUUAUGGCUAGUGUUGUGGACAAAUUGUUAGAUCUUAUCUCGAGCUUGCCUUUACAUAGGAAGCUGGAAACGGAAGCAGAUUAUAUUGGGCUGAUGCUGGCUGCUUCAGCUGGACACGAUCCCCGGGUGGCACCCACAGUCUAUGAGAAGUUAGGAAAGGUUACUGGGGAUUCAGCACCUAGAGAUUACCUCUCUACUCACCCAUCUGGAAGAAAGAGGGCACAAAUGCUGGCUCAGGCUAAGGUCAUGGACGAAGCUCUAAUUAUGUACAACAAUGAAAGUGAGCAGGUCCCAGGGUCUGACUAG